AUGAGCCUUACAGAGCAGCUGGAAUCCCAGCUGAAACGCUUGAAUCACGCUAGCAGCGUGUUCAGGCGGCAGGCAGCAGUGGGCGUGUUUCAGCUGCUCGCCAGCGGCGCGGCUCGAGGCAGCGCAACCGCUGCCCAGGAUGCGGCGCUGCAAUGCCUGACCGCCCGCCAUGUGGAGGUGGUUGACGAGGCAGUCGCGCAGCUGCUGCGCCUGGCGGACGGUGCCGCACUGCCCGCCCUCGACGCCGCCGCCGCGCUGCGGCUGCUGCUGGACGCCCUCGACGCCGCGCCGCCCCGCACGGCGCCCCCGCUCGCGCGCGGCGUCGUCUCAGCCUUCCUGCUGCGCCAGCGGCAGAGUGCGGCCGGAGGCCACGUCGGCGGCGGAAGCGGCGGCGCGGGCCCUGCAGAGUCUUCCGAGCUGUGGGCGCGCCACCCUCUCAGCGCCGCGCUCCUGGCGCAGCCAGCCGGCGCUCAGCAACUCCUCUCCCACGCGUGCGACUCGCUGGUCGCGGCGGCAGCCGGAGACGAGGGCUCCAAGGCGGUCGUCAACACAUGGCACGCGCUGAGACCGUUUUUCUCUUUCAUUCUGCUGCGGCCGGUCGAAACGUACGGCGGUGCAGCUGCGGCCGCUCACGCCGGCUCCGUCCUGGCAGCUGGCGCGUCUGGCGACGCCCGCGGCCCGGGCUCGGCGCUUGCGCUGCGUGCUUGCCUGGUGGGCAAGCUCGCGCGUGCGGCAUGCGGCUCGGCCGCCAUGGCGCGGCUGGCGGUGCCGUUCCUGCUGCGCCACGUGGCGUGCACCCCCCUGGCCGACGACGCUGUCAGGAGAAUCCGCGGCUCAGUGUGGGCGCCCUGGUUGCCCGAGCUUGGCGUGCUGGCGAUGGGCAGCUGUGACGAGGACCGCUGCGCCCUCUUUGCGCUGAUGGCGGCCGCCAUGGACAAGGUGCGGCGCCACGAAAAGCAGCAGCAGCGGCAGCAGCAGCCGCCGCUGCCGCAGCAGCAGCAGCAGCAGCAGCAGCAGCAGCAGUGGAUUCCAGAGGCGGCGCUGCUGGUCGUGCCGCUCCUCCACGCGCUCGUCCUCUCACCCAGCACAGAGUCCAGGCGCUGGGCUUCAGCGCUGCUGGCGGCCGCGCAGGCGCGGGGGCGGCCGUGGGCCCCGCCUUGGCUGGAGGCAAGGGACAGCGGGGCCGCCAGCGCCGGCGCUGCAGCCGCGGUGCCGCUGUCUGAGCUGUGCUGCCAGGGGGAGCUGGUGGUGGUGCGCGCGGCCAGGCGCCUGCUGGCCCCACUGGCAGGCGACAGCGCACGCGGCGUGGCCGAGGGCGCCGCCGCCGUGGCGGAGGCCGUCGCUUGGCUCGACGCACUGGCUGCAGCGGUCGCGCACGCGCGCGGCGAGGCGGCGGCGGCCGCGUCCGGCGCGGGCGCGGCGGCGUUCUCCGUCGCGCUCCCCUCCGCGCGGCAACUGCGGGAGCAGGAGUUGGCCGGCGGUCCUGGCUAUGGCUUCGGAGCCGCCGAGCUUGGGCCCGGGGCGUCGGCGCUGCUGGGGGCGCUGCUGACGCACGGGGACGCCCACGUCGCCGCAGCCGCCGCGCGCUGCCUGCGGGAGCUCGCGCUCGCGCUGCCCGCGAGCGCGCCGGUGUUCCUGCCGCCGCUGCUGGUGCAGCUGAGGCGGCUGGGGGCGGGGGGCGGCGGCAAGGGCGGCGCGGCGCCCCUGAGCGGCACGCCCCUGGACGUGGCCAGGGCCCAGGCCGCCAUGCUCGCCGUGCUGCCGGCGAUGACGUCAGACCCCACCACGGCCGCGUUCGCCAUGCGCGCGCUGCAGCCGCUGGCCGCGCCCUCCGCCCCGCCUGCGCUGCGGGGCUUGGCGCUGCGGCUGGCGGUGGACGGCUGGCGGGAGACUGGCAGGGGCUGGGCGCGUGCAGAGGCCGCCGUCAACGGCUACGCCCCCCCUGGGGCCGGCGCGCUGGCGGCCGCGGACCAGAGCGGGCUGGGGCCCAGGGCGGGGGACCUGCCGCCGGUCGAGCUGCGGCUGGCCAGGGCUGCGGCGCUGAGGCAGGGGCACCCCAGCUCUUGGCGCCCAUGCCCGCUCUGCGUCUUUGCUGACUUCACCCUGUGCUAG